AUGAGUGGUCUCCUUGAAGUCGAUAAUGACCAGAGCGAAGACCUAACACUGGAAGGACCAAUCACCGGUCAAACUCAAGUCGAUGAUGAUGACUGGAGUGAUGACUUUCAAGAUAUACUUGGUGAUUUGUCUGAAUGGAGUGCUGAUGUCCUCCGUGCUCUCAACAGUGUUACGUUCGACUCCAUCCAAACUCCAGUUGCACCUGACUUUAGUGAUGACAUCCACGAAACUACACUGUCUGUGUCCAGCUGUAGUGACGGCAUCCCUGAAGUUUUUUUGUGUGCCACAUCCGACAAUAGUGAUGACAUCCUCCAGGAUACAGUGUCUGCCAUGUCCAGCUGUAGUGACUGCAUCCCUGAAGCUUUUUUGUGUGCCACAUCCGACAGUAGUGAUGACAUCCUCCAGGAUACAGUGUCUGCCAUGUCCAGCUGUAGCAAUUACUUCUGCCAAGCUUCAGUCUCUCUCAUGUCCGACAGUACCGAUGACUUCCUUUCAACUUGCUGUGACAUGUCUGACUGUAGUGUUGAUGCUCCUGAAGCUAGAGUCUCUCAGACAGAGUACACUGUGCCACCUCAGUCAAGCCAGCCGCAGAAUGGGUCAAGAUUUAUUGACAUAAAUUCAUGCUGUUAUGAAAUCGGCAGUCAGCUGGGUGAAGGAGGCUUUGGUACCGUUUAUGCAGCGACUCGUUUGGAUGAUGGCCUACAGGUGGUGAUAAAGUUUGUCUCCAACUGGAACAACAGGUUCAUCGUCAUUGACGGCUGUUCCAAGCCUCUUCCUCUGGAGGUCGCUCUGUUGAUUCUGGCAAACGAAGGCCCUACGGUGAAGGAAAUCAUCCAGCUUCUGGACUGGCGGGUGGAGGCUGACCACUACAUGUUGGUGAUGGAGCGGCCCAUGCCCUGUGAGGAACUGAACUGGUUUCUCCUCCGGCAAGUGGUGACCCUUAAAGAAGACGUGGCACGGGUCAUCAUGCAGCAGGUAACAUUCGCAGCCCAGACCUGCUGCAGACGGGGAGUGUUGCACAGGGAUAUUAAGAUGGAAAACAUCCUCAUCAACCCGGACACACUCAGAGUCAAAUUGAUUGACUUUGGGUGCGGUGAUUUUCUCACCGAUGCGGCGUACACAUCCUUUGCUGGCACAAGAGAGUACUGCCCUCCUGAAUACCUGGUGAGCGGCCAGUACCACGGAGAACCAGCCACAGUGUGGUCUUUGGGGAUCGUCUUGUUUGCCUUGCUGUGUGGGGAUUUCCCAAAGACACGUGACCUGGAAAAGAUCUGCAGUAACACCUGGACCAAAGAUGGCUUAUCAAAAGAAUGCUGCGAUAUUAUUUGUCGCUGUCUGCAGCUUGACCCGAAGCAGCGGAUUGAGCUGAAGAACCUCAGUCUCCACGACUGGUUCAGUGUGACAGGAAACCAGUGCUGCUUCCAGCCCCCAGAAAUUCACAGAAGUGGAGAAAUGUACCCUGAUGGAAAUAUUCAGGGCUGUUCCGGUCCUCAGCCCAGAGCUGUUUAAUAGAAAGUAUAAUUAGAUAAGAUAGAUAAAUAGAUACCCUAGUUACGUAGACAUAUAAGAUAAGAUAGGAUAGACAUAUAAGACAAAUAUAAGAAAUGUAUAU